GACCUGCUGUUAUUUUGUGAUCUUCUGUCACGGAAUGUGGAAAAGUUAUACAAGUGUUUCUUCUCGCUAUUCCAGGUGUUGGUCAUAUUGCUAUAGCCUUUUUGAUGUGAUUUAAACAUAACAAUUAGAAAAACACUUCAGAUAUUGUAUUGAUAUUGUGUGAUUGAAUUAUUUCUUGAUUAUGUGAUAUAGUGAUACAGUGUGCAUACUUUGCUUGUUUACAGUAUGGCGUGAUUGCGAAAAAAUAAUGAAAAUCAUAGCAAACCACGUGAAUUUGUGCCAGCUUAGUGAAUGCAGAAAUAAAAAUCCUUAGACUAUGCAACACCAGUGAAUCCGCUACUGAAGUUGAGGCUGCAGCAUUCGCGAUGGAGGUCCAGGACGACAAGCUUGACGUGUGUCCUGAAGACGGAUACCAGCAGUCCAAGCCCCCGGAAGAAACCCGAAGGAUACGGGGCUUCCGCCGCAGAUUUUCGGAGUCUGCGAGGGAUUCCCACCCGGAGAGCAUGUCCCGGCUGGCACGCUUUGGCACUGGGCUGCGCAGGAGGCUCUCGGGGUCCACGCGAGACUUGUUCUCCUCCACGGCGACGGUCACUGCAGUAGGAGGCCCUGACGAGGCCAAACCCGGGAAUAAUGGGGCUCUCAGGCGUCACCUGUCGGCCUCCAUGAAGGACCUCCUGCACGGCGGAGGUGUUCAGCGCGGGGACAGUGACGCCGAAGGCAUAGGACGACGUCUCUCUCGCCGCUUGUCCCUCCUGGCGGGGACGGUCACCAGCAGGUCUGACCACUCGCGAGGAUCGCUGAGGGUGCGGCUGCCAAACUUCCGCAGAUCAAGGACCUUCAGCGUCAACAUCAUCUUGCCUGACUCUACUUCGAGGAUGGUGGUGGGUGAUGGCACGCAGACGGUGGGGCAGGCGGUGAGUCAUGUGGCCCAGGACCUCAACCUCACUACGUUCUCCCUGGCCCUGGCGGACUCCCAAGCCGAGGUCGACCUUGACGCCCCAGCGCACCUUCUUGACGGCGACACGAUCCUUCUACACGAUGCCAUCGAUACGUUCAACCCAGCCGUUGAGUUGGAGCCCAGGUUGCGGAUGGCCGUCGUAAUUGCAGCCACGGAGAAAACGCUGGUCCGGCGCCUUCGGUGCGUGGAAGCCGUGUACGGCCAGCACCUACGACGUCUGUCCUCGGUGACGGAGGAUGAGCACGAAAUCCUCUUCGGAGGCGUCGCCCCCAUAGUGACGCAGGCGGAGGCUUUCAUCUCCAGGCUGGAGAGCGUCAUAGACUGCUGGGACGCCGAGACUUCAUGCCUCGGUCCGUUGUUCGUAGCAGAGCUUUGGGAGCAGUACGAGGAGUACCUCGGCCAGUACCAAGAAGCUGUUAGGAUCUUACGGGAGAAGCACAGCACAGACGAGGAGUUCGUGGCCCUGUGCAAGCUGAGGCGGGGGGCAGCGCGACACUCCCUGCUUCAUCUGCUUCAUUUACCGGUGGAACGGCUAUCGGAGUACGAACAGUACUUUGCCUCGCUGUUAGUAGACACCCACCCUGACCACCCAGACCGCCAUCACCUCGCCUCACACCAUGACAGACUUACACAGCUUGUAAGGCGAGGCGAGGAGGAGGAGAGCGAACUCGAAAGGAUACAAGACCUCUUCCCCCAUGACGACCUCCGCCUGCACGAGCGAGACCCAGUCACUCAGAAGAUGAAAGGGCUGAUGAGGAAGCGCUCGACGACGGCGGCGCGGCUGCAGCGAGCCUUCAGCGCCAAGGGCCUGCGUGGUCCCAACGGCGAGCAGCAGCACAACAACAACAGAGACAAUGCCAAUAACAACAACAGCAACAAUGGCAGCACAAGCGGCGGCCUCCCUCCGAAUAGGACGCGGGAGGGGCGCCCCAAGAGGCAGUUCAUCAUGGAAACACCUGUCACGUUCACCACGGGAGUGCAGUCCCAGGAGCGGCACCUGUUCCUCUUCAGCGAUCUCCUGCUGGUGGCGAAGGCGAGGAGCGGCGGCAACUUCAAGCUGAAGGAAAAGGUGCGGGUGUCGGAGAUGUGGCUGUCCUCGUGCCUGGAUGACGUCGCCGAGACCGCCAAAAGCCACGACACCUCCUUCGUCAUGGGUUGGCCCACCACCAACGUCGUCGCCUCCUUCAGCUGUGUCGCCACCAAGGAUCUGUGGUACAACAAGCUGCAGCAGGUGAUGACGGAGGAAAGGGACAAGGACCCGCCCUCCACCACCGUCCAGGUCACCUACUACGACCCCAUCAAUAACAUAGACUUCAGCAAAACCGUGAGCAUCAGUUCGACGACGACGGCGCGGGAGUGCGUAUCGCUCACCCUCGACCACCUGGAGAUGGGCGGCGCAGACUCGUCGCAAUUCCAGCUGUGGGUCAAGACGGGCAUGGACGACUCACCGUACCCUCUCAUCGGCCAUGAAUACCCAUAUGCCAUCAAGCUCAACUGCGUGCGAGACUUGCUGCAAGACUGCGACGCCGAGCAGUGCAACAACUUGUACAAUGCGGAGCUGGUCACCCGCUGCCAGUUCAUUCUGCGGCAGGCGCGGAAGCUGUCGUUCGAGUCGCCCGAAGGUGUGAAGAAGGUAUCAAAGAAGGCCCGCAAGUCACCCAUCAGGAUCCACCGGGUGUUCAAGCGGUCCAACAGCAAGGGAGACUCCCUGGACGGAAGCCUCAACUCGUGCACGGGAGUCCUGUACGGCCAGUCUCUCGUCAAGCUGGUCGACUCGGAUAAUAUCCUUCCCAAACCCGUCAUGGACAUGCUGUCGCAGUUGUUCUUGAAGGGCCCUUUUACCGUCGGAAUCUUCAGAAAAUCUGCCAACGCUCGACUGGUGCGGGAAUUACGAGAGAAACUGGACUCCGGCGACGCAGAUUCAGCCAUCGACCUGGACACUGUACAUAUUACAGCAGUAGCAGCACUUCUUAAAGACUUCUUACGCUCUAUGCCAGACUGCUUGUUGGUGGCAGAUCUCUAUGAAGAGUGGUUAGAAUUAGCACACAUCGGUAAUCUACGGGAGCGCAUUUCCCGAACUCUCCUGCUGUGUUCCCGGCUGCCCCGAGUACACUUGACUUUACUGCAGCACUUCUUGUGUGUUCUACACCACAUCGCUCGCCGCGCCUCAGAAAACAUGAUGUCUGCGUCCAACUUGGCGGUGUGCGUCGGCCCCUCCAUCCUGUGGCCUUCCUCGCCCGUCCUGGCACUCAGCCCCGAGGCCUCAAAACAAGUACCUGCUGUUGUGGAGUUUCUCAUCGAGCGCUGCGGUGAUAUCUUCGGCGAAGACAAACUGCACCUCUUGGGUGAGCCGCCAGAGAGAGACCCCAUGCGGCAGGACAGCGGCGCAGAGGAGUCUGACAGCCUCCACAGCCUGCACAGCGGUCACAGCCUUCACAGUUCCGGCGGCAUGAGGAGGGACGACAGUAGCAUUGACUCCCUGGAACGUGAAUUGUUAGUGGAAGGAGAAUUGUCCCCGCUGCCCAGGAAGGACAAGAUGUCACUAACCAACCUGAGUCGCGACUCUGGGCUCACCAUGAGUGACUCGCAGCUGUACACCCCCGACGAGGAGGAGAGCGAGUCAACGAGCUCCGGCCACUCUGGAGCUGACAAAAGCGUCAGCAACUACAGCAGUGGUGGACAUUCCGAACGCUCUGGGGACCGCUUCCAGCAUUACGCAGCGCCCAACAACCCCCACGCAAUAUACGCGGCCGUGUACCGUCGCCCCGAGAAGAUCCCCAUGGGCUAUGACGAUCCCGAGAGCUACUAUGCAGCGCCCAGUAGAGACCACGCCCGAGUCCACAUCACCUACUCCACGCCCGGCUACUCCCAUGGCCACCAUAGCCCGCACGGACACCCUGGCCAAGGAAAGGAGUAUACUAGAGUAUACCAGAGUCGCCAGGACCGUAUGGGGGAUGUCUAUAGAAAAGGACAGGAGGAAGAGGCCAUUUACAGCAUUCCUCCAGGUACUGCUGGUAACAUGGUCAAUCCUCCUCCAUUUGUUGUGAAUUCCAACUUCCAGCGGCAUGACUGGAUGCGACGCCGCUCAAACCUGCGCAAAGUAUCCCGUUCCAGCAGUGGAGACGGAGGCCUUGUACGUUCAACUUCAGAAGAAUCGCUUUUGAACAAAUACAACGGACUAGACUACGGCGUGUCUUUAGGACCAGCCGGCGUUGCUGGCAAGAGGCCUGCACAGCACGGAAAGGGCCGCGCCCCUCCACCGCCACCCGGCGAGGAGCUCGAUGACUGUCCAGGUCUAGAGGGCCGUGAGUCCCCGAUACGUAGAUCGAAGUCUGCGCACUAUUUGACUGAACCUCAGCACGAACGUGUGGGACGAUCGCCAGACAAUACUCCGGCUGUUUCCCGUUCCUCCUCGCACGACGCUGUGGCCUGGCACCGUUCACGCUCCACGCCGCAGAUUCACGACGAAGCCGACCGUUCGUACGACUCGUCGACCCUGAGUGACGACGACUCCACGCCGCACGUGUCACGAUCCAACUCAAGAGGAAAAGAGUACGGAGGCGGCAGUCUUAAUACCUGGGAAGCGGUGUACGGCACGGAACACACGCCCUCGGAUUCCGGUGAUUCACACAACUCCCGCAACUCCUCCUUCAAGAGUGAGCGGACAGGAAGUAUGUGCACGGUCGUGUCUGCUGGCAGCACCUCCACCCUCGCCUCCAAUCCUCCGUCGUACGAAGAGGCCCUCACCAGGCGUUCUCUCAUGUACAGGGGAGCUCCGCAGCAGGGGAACCAGUCUCAGGGAUCCCCCGCCAGAGAUGGAUACUUCCAAGAACAUGCCAUACGCGAAGAAAAAAUCAAAUCGGCUCGGGCGAAGCAGUUGUAUGAAGAGUCGUUACGCAUAUAUCAGGAGGAGAACACCUACCCGGGAGAUCUCGUGCGUGCCUCUCCUGCGCAGGCGGACGACAGCGAAGAGUACGACCGGCCGCCACCGCUCCCGCCCAAGUCAGAGCCACCUCCUUUGCCGCCUAAACAGCGCUCCAAUAACCGGAGGGUGAGUGACGGGCUUGGGCGGCUCAAGCACCUGCCGCCCGUACACGUCGAGACACACGCCCGCAAGGCUCGCUCCGUCACCUCUCUCCCCACCUCACAUGAGUGCGACCCGCCUUACCACAAGACCAUCAUUUACACAGACGACUCGCCGCCUUUACUUCCACCGAAGGAGCGGACAGUGAUCGAAAUCGACUCUGUGUACUCCCACGGUGAGCCUCGCGUCAAACAGACGACUAGCCGGGCGGUGUCGCCCCCAAGAGUGGAGAAGAAGAGCAUAGAGACUCAGACGGAUGAUUACGAUCUGGAGGAUGAAGUGCGGGAUGAGGGUAUCCAGACGUCUGGCACGUGGGGCAUGGAGCCUCAUAUAACUUCUGUGGCUGUUCCCGACACGAAGCGGCGGGGGCGAGCGCGCCGAAGAGACUCCUCGGCCUCGCACCGCAGCAAAAGCGUCCCAACGCGUGACUCUAGCAAUGUUCAGCACGCAGAGUCCGACCAGGAGGAAGACGAGGAAGACUGGGAGUACCACGCUCCCUCUUUGCAGGACUUCCCGGGAGGUCAUGCGGCUCUCAGCGACUUCCGCCAACUCGACCCCGAUCUCCGUCAGGAAAUAAGUUGGUCGGUGUCACAGCUGCGCGCAAUAUUUGGCGAGACGCUAAAGGGCGCCAAGGUUCACCCGCCGCCCUACCGGCCGCCCCCCUCUGCCCACCGGGCGCCCAUCACCUCCUAUCACCUCGGCGUGGGUGAUUCCUUUUCCUCGAGAAAAUCACGCCCCCAGGCCAACUACGGCGAGGAGUCUUACGUGUAAUCAAGGAGCGCCACUUCGUUCCAUUCCGCCCACCGCGCUUAGAAACUUACCGGCCGAGUGCUGCCGCUAUACGCCACCACUAACAUAGCCGACUCUCUGUUAGAUUAUUUCUCUAACGUACUAAAUGCUCAAGACCAUAAGCUUUUGUAUGUAUGUAUAUGUAUUAUAAUUUGUACAUUUUGUACAGAGUUACACUCUAAGUCAUACAAGUAAGGACCUCAGAUUAACUGUUAAACACAUUGGGUUAAGAGUGAUGUUGAAGGAAAUGAGUUCUCCCUCACACGCACUCUUUAGCCUCAUACACAUCCACCAAACUUUUGUAAACUACUAUACUAACUAUACUAUUAUUGUUUACAUUUGUUAAUAAAAUUGGAGAUUUA